GUGGCGUGUGCAUAACGUUACUGCUACCCUUCCCUGUUAUAAAAGGGUUCGACCAACUUUGAACAACAACGCCCAUCAUGUCGCACAACAUUAAAACCGUCAGCGGGCUCCCAUACUAUAGUGAAUCUCCUACCAGUACGCGCGCCGACAUCGACGGUUUACCCAGCAGCAUCAGCACCGCUUCUGCCUGGGAAUCCGUCAGUGGUACUGGUUACGGCGGUCGACGAAAGGAAUGGGAUUUCGUGCCCAACAGCAGCCUAAAUGGGAUGCAGGAAUGGGACUCUAUCAGUGGAACUGGGGCUAUUGACGACGCUCCUGCUCCCGUCGCUAGGAGGAGCAAUGAGGAAGGUCGCAAGCUUAGGUUGGAUUUGAAUUUGGAGGUUGAGAUCGCCAUUCAAGCCAAGGUUCACGGGGAUAUCACCCUCUCGCUCCUUGAAUGAUUCUUCCGCGGGCUGAGAAACGCAUAUAUUCGUCGAGUUACUACUCCCAAGAUCACAACUCCCUUAUCAGAAAUCGUCGUUCUUUCCGGUUACCGUCCUCGUAUAGGCUGCGGCCUUUGUAUACACCAUCUCAAAUAUCAGUGUCACUGGGUUUGUGCCCACCAAUCACUUGUACAUGAGAGACUGUAUGUCGAGCGUGAC